UUAAAAAUAUGUUAUAAUUAAAAAUACUCAUAUUUAUCAUUUCCAGUAAUAUCAUAACCUUUAAAAGUGCGUGCCUAGAUACAUUGAACAUCAGAAACUAUUCUAACAUUUAUUAUUGAAAAGAAAUAAUAGAAAUUUUAAUUUGCUUAAAAAGAUGGAAUCACAGAAUGUUACAUUGCGAAGACAUAAAUUGAAUAGAAGUUUGGAUGAUAUCUGCUUGGAGAAGUCACUUAGUUAUGAGGAAGACUUAAAAAGUUUACCGGAUCUGUCUACCAUGAAUUGCGAAUUUGACGAGCUAAAAGAAAAAAUGAACACAUUACAAAGUUUAUUAGACAGCGCUAAUAAUGAAAUUGACAAUCUUAUACUAGAAAAUAAUAGUUUAAAAAAGAAAAUAAUGGAAUUAGAAAAGAAACUAUUACUUUUUAACAAAAUAUACACGGAACCAAAAAGUAAUAAAAAAAUUAAACAUUUUUCGUCACUUAACAUCUUAAAAAUUAAACGUCGGAUCGACUUUGAUGCAGAAAAUAAUGAAAUGAACAUAAAUAGUCCUAAGAAAAAUCCGCCAGUGCUGGAGAAAUCUAAUUUUUGUUCUAAAAAUAAAAAACAUGAACUGAAAGCUACUAAAAAAGAACGCCUUUUUAUAUUUGGCGGUCAACAAUGUGUAGGCUUGGCUUCUCGUCUCCAUGCAUCCAAGUAUGACCUAUCUUCAAAGUAUCAAAUAUCAUCUAUUACAAAACCUUUCGCCAGCACAGAUAAUAUAGUGGAAUCGUGCUACAAGAUAGAACCGGAUGCUUCAGAUUAUUUUGUACUAAGUUUAGGUGAACAUGAUAAAAAUCCACUUGAUUUUAUAUCUGAGACUGCUUCUAUUCUUCGGUACUUAAAAAACGCAAAUAUAAUAAUAUUGUAUGUUGUAAAAAAUCUUUAUUUAAAUGAAAUCUUAAUUAACAAUUAUUUAAAACAAAUGUGUCAACGUUAUCCAAAAUGUAUAUUUUUGAAUGCGUAUGAGAAUUGUAAUGCUAAUACCUUUCAGGAUAACUAUCUGGAUAGAAUUUGUUACAAGAUUAAAACAGAAAUAAAUUUCUUGCACUACCGUAAUGAAUUCUUAGUUGGCAAGAAUUGGUUGAAUAAUCUUAAAUCUAAAAAUAAAAUACAAACAUGUAACACGAAUUUGAAAAGUAAUUAUUUUAAAGAAACGUCUACUCAAAUUGAUAAUUCAUUACUUUGCAUAAACAUUAAUUGUGAUAAAGCUACUCAAACCUGUAAUACAGAAACUUCUAUUGUAAAUUUAGAUUUUUUUCGAACCUAAAUCGUGUGAUGCUAAAUACCUUUUGCAUCAAAACAUUGCGGGAAUAUUAAAUAAGAUUGAUGGGCUUGAGUUGUGUUUGGCAGAAAUGGAAGUAGAUAUAAGUGUAAUUUGUCUCACCGAAACGUUUAUAAAAAGAGGAGAGGAAGAUAAUCUAAGGCUAUGUAAAUUUAAAUUAGCUUCAGCAUUUUGCAGACCAAAUGAGAGGAGAGGGGGUAGCUGUAUAUUAUUGGAUAAAUCAAUUGAUUGUAAAGUUCUCGAUUUUUGCGACGACUACUCAAAAGAAAAAGUGUUUGAAUGCUGUGCUGUUGAGGUAGGUGCAUUUAAUUGUCUCAUUAUUUGUAUUUACAGAACUCCAAACUCAAAUGUACUAGUAUUUCUCGAAAAGUUAGAACUUAUUCUACAUAAAGUAACCACAUUUAAAAAUAAAAAUAUUAUUUUAACUGGGGACUUUAAUAUAGAUAUUCUGAAGGAAAAUCAGACAUCAACACUGUUUAAAAACUUAUUAAGUAACUUUAAUAUAGACAUAACUAUCACUCAACCUACCCGCAAACAAGCAUGCUUGGAUAUUAUAGCCACAAACAUUCCAAAAGCAGAAGGAAAAAUACUUAAACUUUUCUUAUCUGAUCAUGAAACGUGUCAACUGGUAAGACUCCCGAAGAAUGUUAUAAAAAAACCAAAAUACUGCUUUAUGACACUGAGGGAUUACAGUAAAGAGAAUAUUGAUAAAUUUAAUAUGCAUUUAAAAUCGCUUAGCUGGUACAAUGUAACUAACGAGUUAAAUGCAAAUGAAGCAUUCACAGCUUUUCAUGAAUUAUUUUGUUUGCUGUACAAUCUCUGCUUUCCAGUUAUUAAAAAAAAGAUUACCAGCAAUACGGGUCGGAUGAAGUGGGCGUCUAAAGGUAUUAGAAUAGCUUCUACUAAAAAAAGACAACUAAGAUUUCUAUAUUACAAAUCUAAUUCUGAUGAAACAAAGAUAAAAUACAAAAGAUAUAAUAAAAUAUUGAAAUCUUGUAUUGACUGCUC